UUUCUCUAUAUCUAUUUCUUCUUGCAGAUUAUUCAACAUAAGUCAAAACGACGCGACGCGCGAAAAUGGCCAAAAUGGAAGUCGACGAUGUCGUCGACUUGAGUUUAGGUUCUGGGCGAGACCCGGCCCUAACUAUUACACCGGCAACGGUUAGAGAUUUGAGAGCUCUAACACAAAAUUCUGGAUUGACCAUAACACCAGCGCCACCACCACCAAGCAGUUCACCGUCUGCCACAAGUAAUACACAUGGCAGCAACAAUAGCACAGGCACAAAUCAAACGACUAGUACCGAAGAAAACAAAGUACAGAGACGUGUCUUACGACCUCGCACCGAACCCAAAUCCUAUGCUGAGGCUCCCGAUAUUGUACUCUUGCCCGCUCGCAUGAACGGUGGCCGUCAACAGAACGGCAACAUCGAUUCGGAAACGGAUGAUGAUGAAAUGCCACCAUAUGUGCCCAUCAAAGAACUAACACCCGCCGAAUUGAAGGAACGUGAAAAUGGUUUGCGUAUCUUGCGCGAUGAUUUACGCAACGAAGAAACCAAAUUGGUGUUGCUGAAGAAACUGAAACAAUCACAACAUGUCAUGAAGGAGAAUAUAGUGGUGACACCGACAAGUGUAUCACCAUCAAAUCCAUUGGCUGCCAUCCCAGCCGCCCUAACAUCUAAGGGAGCAUUAAGUGUAACGCCAACAACAGCUGUACCAUUACCGGCACAUGGUAAAAAUUCACGUUCCAAUAACAGUAAUAAUAUUUCAUCAUCGGUUAGCAUAAGCAACAACACUAGCAAUAAUAAUAGCAGUAAUAGUAAUUCAAUACUGCCACCACCACGUUCAUCAUUGCCCGGCGGUGCGACACUGACAGCCGGCGGAUCUUCUUCCAUCAGCAUUCAAGCGGCAACGUCAUCAUCAUCACGUUCAUCGUCUAGUGUACUGCCGCCACGUACAAAUUUACCGAAUCUCACAAUAACACCGUCGGUGACUAUAACGCCAACAUCGGCUCCACCAUCAGGACUUAAAUCACGCAAUCAGCCUAAUAUUUCGGAUAAUUCUAAGGUACCUAAUACGAUCAACAACUCGGUAUCUAUAACACCAGCGCCACCGUUGUCGUCCACACAAAACCAACAACACAAUGAUCUAAAGAAUGAUCGUUUGAAUUCCCGCGAAGAUGUACAAACACCAGCUCAAAGGCAGGCGGCAGCCAAAUUGGCUUUACGUAAACAAUUGGAGAAGACUUUACUACAGAUACCACCUCCUAAGCCACCACCACCAGAGAUGCAUUUUAUACCAAAUCCCAGUAAUACAGAAUUUGUAUAUCUGUUAGGCCUAGAGACUGUGGUCGAUUAUCUAACGACAAACAAAAAAGCAAAUGCUGUGGUACCGCCCCUACGCUGUACACAGUGUAAAAUUGAUUUUACUCCCGUAUGGAAAUGGGACAAGCCAAGUGGUAAUAAAGAACCCAAGGUUAUAUGCGAACAAUGUGACACAUCUAAUGUUAAGAAAGCUUUGAAAGCUGAACACACCAAUCGACUGAAACAAGCCUUUGUUAAGGCUCUGCAACAAGAACAAGAAAUUGAGCAACGUUUAGCCACCCAGAGUAGUCCAUCACCGGUGGAUGCGCAUAUUAUGGCAUCGAUUUCGUCAUCGGCGACACAAUCCCAGAGCCAAACACAGCAACAAUCUUCGAUUGUGUCGUCUGCUCAUCAAUCUCAACCGGCGAUGGCCCAUGCGGCAUCAACAGCAGCUGCUUUGGUUAAUUUGCCGCCAUCGGUAACGGUUAUACCCACCAAAUGUCAGACACCAACGCCACGUCCCACACCGCCGCCAACAAAUCAACCAACGCCACCUCCGCCACCACCAACGACACCAAGAUCGUCCCGUGUAUCCAUUUCGCAUGCAUCACAACCCAGUCCAAGUACUCCAACACCUAGCCAAAUGCAUCACCAUCAUCAUCAACAACAGCAGCAACAACAACACCAGCAGCAGCAACAUCAACGUGAGCGAGAACGGGAACGGGAGCGGGAGAGAGAACGGGAACGAGAUCAUCAUCGUGCCGAGCAACAACAGCAAAGAGCUGCAGCGGAACAGCAACAGCAGCAACAACAACAACAGCAGCAACAAUAUGAAAAAUACUCAGCCGCAGCGUUGGCAGCUGCUGCUCAAUUAGGGGCGCUUGGUUUGCCAGGUCUCAACAAUUUAGCAGGUCUAGGUGGUCUGGGCAAUUUAGGUAAUCUAGGAAAUCUUGGCCAAUUGGGUAAUUUGGCGGCACUCGGUGGCUUGGCCAAUUUGGGAGCAGCAGCGGCAGCAACCGCUACCAAUCCAGCUGCGGCGGCAGCGGCUGCAGCAGCGAACUUAACAGCACAUGGCAAUACAAAUCCUGCUGCUGCAGCAGCAAUGCAAGCUUUCCAACAGCAAAUAUUUAGAGCAUUGGGUCAAGGUUUAGCAACAAAUCCUCAGCAUAUGAUGCAAUUUACACCUUUAUUGUACUCCUAUCAAAUGGCUAUGGCCCAAGCGGCUCAAGUAGCUGCCUAUACAAAUAAAAACAAGUCUUCAUCUUCAACAUCCUCCUCUGCUUCAACAUCUAAAGCUCAAACGCCUUCAUUGGCGGAUAUACAACGAGCUGCAGAAUUGCAGCGACAAUAUUUAUUAGAGAUGAUACCACCGCCAGCACCAGGACCUAGUAAUAGUCGUCAGAAUAAUUGGAAAACAUAA